AAAUGGUUCGUGGGUAGGGAAGAAAGCCAGAUCGAACGAUAAAAAAUUCCUUUCUACCCUACUUUCUGGCUAUUUUUUUUCAUGUGUUUGGUUCGAUUGGUUUGUCUGGAUACUCCGGCUCGGACUUUUAAUUCCUCUUUCUCUCUCUGUGUGGCUGGUGAGACCCUUGUUUCUUGAUUGAUGGGGAGAUGGGUCUCCAUUCCUCUCCUUGGUGGCUGAAUCUUGCAUCUUGCUUUCGUUCGCUUUCAGGGAGGAACCCGUCUCUUCUUCCUUCUUCUUCCAGUUUUUUCUCUUCAUGUGUAGAUCACUCUGACUAAAUUUGCUUUUCAAGUUGACUGAAAAAUCUUGGGCUGCAUUUAUCCGUUGAAGAUGGGGAUAUAUCUCAGCACCCCAAAAACAGAAAAGUUUUCUGAAGAUGGCGAGAAUGAUAGAGUUAAAUUUGGGCUAUCCUCUAUGCAAGGAUGGCGUGCAACUAUGGAAGAUGCUCAUGCUGCUAUUCCAGAUCUUGACAGUUGCACUUCAUUCUUUGGGGUUUAUGAUGGCCAUGGAGGGAAGGUGGUUGCGAAAUUCUGUGCAAAGUUUCUGCACACACAGGUGCUUAAGAAUGAAGCAUCAGCUGGCAGCUUAAGUGCAUCUCUUCAGAAAGCAUACCUGAGAAUGGAUGAGAUGAUGAAAGGGCAACGAGGAUGGAGGGAGCUUUCUAUUCUUGGAGAUAGUUUUAAUAAAAUUUCUGGCAUGAUAGAAGGGUUAAUAUUUUCUCCAAGGAAUUCUGAGAACAAUGAGCAAGAAGAUGACUGGGCAUUUGAGGAGGGACGGCAUGCUGAUUUUGCUGGACCCACAUCUGGUUGCACUGCCUGUGUUGCGGUAAUAAGAAACAGACAGCUGAUUGUUGCCAAUGCAGGUGAUUCUCGUUGUGUCAUUUCAAGAAAGGGUCAGGCAUACAACUUGUCAAGAGAUCACAAGCCAGACCUUGAGGUUGAAAGAGAUCGCAUUUUAAAGGCUGGAGGUUUCAUUCAUGGAGGGCGUGUAAAUGGCAGUUUGAACUUAGCAAGAGCAAUUGGUGAUGUGGAAUUCAAGCAGAAUAAAUAUUUACCAGCUGAGAAGCAAAUUAUAACUGCAAACCCCGACAUAAAUACUGUUGAUCUUUGUGACGAUGAUGAUUUUCUUGUGUUGGCAUGUGAUGGUGUUUGGGAUUGCAUGUCAAGCCAACAGUUGGUGGAUUUCAUCCACGAACAUAUAAAUGUGGAACCUACUCUUUCUGCAGUUUGUGAAAGAGUGCUUGAUCGAUGUUUGGCACCAUCAACAGCGGGAGGUGAAGGAUGCGACAACAUGACAAUGAUUAUUGUGCAAUUUAAGAAACCAAUCCACCCUGCUACGGUUUCUGAGGCCUCUUCUCAGCCUGAAGAGAGCUUAAGCAAUGGAAGCUCAUAAGUAAUAGCCUCUCAUUUUCUGGCUCAGCCUUUAUUAAGAAGAACGCGCUCUUUCCUUUCUUAGACAAUCUUUUAUGACCAUGUAAAUACUGGAUUUAUAACAUGAAUGCAUUCUAGACCCGAACAUCAGAAAAUUACAAGUGGAAUGAUUGUAUAGUUUAAUAUCAAGAUCCGUUCUUGGAUUA